AUGGAUGACGUUGAUCGUGACAAGGACGAUGUGAAUGGUAAGCGAUCUAUAAUUAAUGAAGAGGAAUUAAUUGUAGUACCUAGCAAACGAUCAAAGGAAGAGGUGGAAAACCCUCCGAAAAUGGAAGUUUCGAAGCAUGAAAAAUCAUUGUCCGGAACAGAAGUUUCCAAAGCCCGACAACGUUGGAAUUUGCUUUCAUAUCAUAUACGAUGCAACUACAAAAAACAAGCCAGUGAUAUUGAUGUGGAAUCAACGUUUAUGGUUUUUGAAGCAUUUUCCAUCCCAAAACAUUCCAGCUCAGGUCGUUGGUAUCACUUGAAAUCUCCUGUUGGAGAUGUCGAGCUUGAUGUCCACAUCUAUUCAGUUGUUACCGUAACACCUAACACGUUGGCUGGCUUCAAUAAUAGUGGAAAUAUUAGAAUAUGGCCAUCUGAAGAAUGUUUGGCAUAUUAUUUGUUAAAACAUGAGCAACUAGUUCGAAAUAAAACUGUCUUGGAACUUGGAUGCGGUAUGAUUGGCUUAAGUGGUCUUACGUCGGCUGUGCUUGGUGCGACAGAAGUAGUUUUAACGGAUGGUAAUGAGAAGUCCGUAGAAAAUAUCCAGCAAAUUAUUGAAACAAAUAAGCUAAACAGUCAUGUAACCUGCUUUGUGCUACACUGGAACGCUGCCAUAUCGAAAAAACAGUUUGAUGCUAUUCUAUGUGCUGAUUGCUUAUUUUUUACGGAAGAGCAUAGUACUUUACUAAAUUGCAUCUCUAGACAUUUGAAACCAGGUGGAAUCGCAUACGUCAUGGCACCGGAUAGAGGUGGUACUGUUAGAGCAUUCUUGGAUCUUAUAUAUGAGGAACAAAAGCGAUGGCAAAGUGUGAACAUCAAUUUCCAUAUCGAAAAUGAAGAAGAAACUUACUCCAAACUGAAGAUGCGGAAUUGUAAUGUACAUUCAGAAAUUCCAAUGCUUUUAACUUUAAAGAAAAAGUGA